GCGAUGAACCGAGCGCUUUCGCGUGGCCACCUUGACGUAGCGAAGUGGAUCCAUGAGGUCGAAACGCAACAGCAUUCGAAUGGUACUGAAGCGGCGGCAGGUGGGCACCUCGAAAUGCUUCACUGGUUGCAUUCGAAAGGGCUGCUAGCUCGUGUGCAGUUUACUGUAGGUGGUGCAGCUCGAAAUGGACAUCUCGGGGUUGUGCGGUGGUGUCUAGAGAACAAACUAGGAGCACGCUCAACGAAUUCCAUGUAUAUCGCACUUGCAUGGGAUGAGCUUAAUAUCCUGGACUGGCUAAUGAAGUUCGGCCUCAAGCUGUGCUCUACUGCUCCCAUCCGCCCAGCCGUCAGUGUAGGGGACUUGAAUUUGGUCAAGUGGUUUCACUGA